CCAGGACUCCGGCGUCGGGGCAGCCCAGCUCCCCUGCAUGGCCUGGAGGCAUGAACCGCAAGAAGCUGCAGAAGCUGACCGACACCCUAAGUAAAAGUUGCAAACACUUUAAUAAAUUUGAAGUGAACUGUCUUAUAAAGCUGUUUUACAACUUGGUGGGAGAGGUCGCAGAGCGGCAAGGUGUGGUCGCUGGGCUGGAUCGUAACGCAUUCCGGAACAUCCUGCACAUGACGUUUGGAAUGACGGACGACAUGAUCAUGGACAGAGUAUUCAGAGGUUUCGAUAAAGACAAUGACGGCUGCGUGAAUGUGUCAGAGUGGGUUCAUGGAUUGUCGCUGUUUCUUCGAGGAUCUUUGGAAGAGAAAAUGAAAUAUUGCUUUGAAGUGUUUGAUCUGAAUGGUGAUGGAUUCAUCUCAAAGGAGGAGAUGUUCCACAUGCUGAAGAACAGCCUUCUCAAACAGCCCUCUGAGGAAGACCCCGAUGAAGGAAUUAAAGAUUUGGUUGAAAUCACACUUAAGAAAAUGGACUGUGACCACGAUGGGAAGCUGUCCUUUGCAGACUAUGAGCAGGCCGUGAGAGAAGAGACUCUUUUGCUGGAAGCUUUUGGACCGUGUCUACCAGAUCCAAAGAGUCAGCUGGAGUUCGAAGCCCAAGUAUUCAAAGACCCAAAUGAAUUCAAUGAUAUGUGAAUACCUAAAUGUUGUAUCGGCUCAAGUGAGUAAAAAAGGUCAUACAUAUUGUCUGUGUCUCCCUGCUUCGCUCAGAAGGAUAACGUGGAAUAGUGUGUGGGGGUGGAAAUGGGGUUCGCGUACGUGCACCCAUGUCCUCCUGCUAUAAGGUGCAAGUGAAACCAAUGGAAAACGAGAGCGUCCUUACCAGACUGGGCUUGGCCAAAUAACCGUUGCUGGAGAUUCCGUAUCAUGUAACCCACCUGCUGAAACGUAACUGUCACAAAACUUCCGGGCCCAUUAAGUGAAUGAAGUAAGUGUCUGUGAAUUAUGGAUACAAAUAUUCUUUAUGUCAAGGAGACCGGGUAUACAGUGAGAAUCACUGAAACUGCUGAAUUUCUUUGGGGCAAUAAUAAUAAAGAUGGCGUCGAGUCGGCGCUGGCGUUGAACUCCGAAGCACCUUUCGGCAUGGCACUGAGGGAGAUUCAGGAAGUGAAAGAUACAGAGAUCUCCUGUGAUGUGAUUCUAUUACGUAGCUUAUGCAAGUGUCCUAUGCUUAAUUUUGAAAGACUGCCAACCUCGCCAUCCGCUGCAGUAUUAGCACCCCUUUCACUGUGAUUUGUAGUUUCUUGAGGUAAGUAACUGUGAAAAACUGUGCUAUUCCGUUUCUCAGUGUAUUCGAGGCUUUGCUUUGGCGCCCUUACUGGAUUGCAGGUGUCCGAGGGCAGGGUGUUGUCUGCACACCUUCACACCACCCUAGCCAUCAUGGCGUACAGUGGCCCUCGGUACGUGCUGCAGUGCAAACUGCUAUAAUGCAAACUGGUGAGCAGAAGAGGGCCGCUCUGUCUUGUCUUGGGUUUAGCAGAUGAGAAAGGGCACGGCCUUCCGUUCAUCUCACGUCAUUCCAACCCACCCCCUGCAUUGCGGUAGGCUGCCGACCCUCCCUUGCCGUGGCUCCCAGCGUCUCUCUGCCCUAGCCCAGUCUGCAGUCUGCGAGCCACCGUCUGAGUGCACUUGCAGUGUCCGUUCCCCUCUGCCUGGGUGGGAUUCCACUCAUGCCUCCCUGUCCGGGACCACAUCCCACUGUGCCCUAACCGUGCCCCACGACUGUGAGCUCCUGAGACAGCCUGUCCCUCCUGCAUCCCACUCCACUGGCCCUGCAGCAGGUACUGGUGGGCGGGAUACGGGAUACGAGAAAGGGCUCGUCAGGUGCAUCCGAGUUGUGCUCUGCCUCUAAGACGCAUGUUAGCAGCUGAGAGAGGUGUUAUAGGAUGCCAGUGCCCUCCAGGUAGGAACUCUAGAGGCUACUUGGAAUAGUACCCCCAUUUUUUACUGCCUAUCCACUGUUAAGU